AUGCGGGAGCUUCUCAAGGCAAACGCGCAGGUGGACAUCCGCACCAACACGGGGCACACAUGCCUGCAUGCCGCCGCCAGGCGCGGCAGCCUUUCGGUGGUCGACCAGCUGCUGGCGGCGGGCGCUGGCGAGGACCUGGAGUAUCAUGCCGGCGAUGGAGCGACCGUGCUGUGCUCCGCUGUCAGGGGGAUCCUCCAGUGGCAGGUCGACACGUGGACAGCUGGCGACUCGGCAGCCAAGGAGGCAGCUGAGAGGACGGCGGGUGCCACGGUGGUGGUGCGCCGCCUGCUGGCCGAGGGAGCCAACCCCAGCCAGCACUUUGGCGAGUUGGGGCCCACCCCGCUCCACAUUGCAGCCCAGGGCGGCCCCCUCACGCCCUUUGAUGGCAUCGUGGCGGCCCUGCUGGAGGCGGGGGCCAACCCAGAGGAGCCCGACAACCGUGGGAUGACCCCCGUCGACACUGCGGCGCUGCAGGCCAGCCUGAGGCCCAACCAUGCGCCGACGCUGGAGAUGCUGCGAGCAGCGGCUGCCAACAGGGAUGGCCUGGAGCGCAUCGAGGUGGAGGACGGCAGCACGCUGGCGGGGCUGAAGCUGGCCAUCCAGCAGAAGCUGGGGGUUCCUCUGGCGGACAUGCUGCUCUCCAAUAAUGCGCAGCUGCUCACUGCCAAGAAUGCGGCCGGCUUCAGCGACAUGCUGGACAACUCGGCCAGCCUGCGGCAGCUGGGCGUGCAUCACGGGGACAUGGUCUUCCUGCUCUACCACUUUGAGCGCCAGGUGGAGCCCGUGUUCCGGCCCAAGGACUGGGAGCGGCGCCCCUUUGGCGCGCACAUGGACGUGGCGGCCAUGGUGGCGGCGCAGACGCGCAUCGAGCGCCAGGACACGCCCCACGCCGCCUCCGCCUCCUUCGACUUUGCCACAACCAACGCCUUCCAGUCCUACGUCUCCUCCGCCAUCGUCUUCUCCAUCAAGCGGGGGGGCAUCAUGUGGUGGUACGUGCGCUGCGAGGGAGGGUGGGCGAAUACUGGACAGGAUCGAAUGGACGAGGAGGGCGCCGUCUUUGUGAAUGCGGUGUACGAGCCGCCGCAGCAGGGCUCCGCCGACAGUCUGUCUCUGGAGCGGGGCACCCCAGAGGAGCGGCAGGCGGACUUCAUCGCAGAGCGGCUGGGGUGGCGCAAGGUGGGCUGGAUCUUUGCUCAGUCCACCAAGGAGCGGGACUUCAUCAUGACUGGGGAGGAGGUGUGCCAGAUGGCGGGCAUACAGGACGAGAUGGGGGAGCAUGCGGUGACGGCGGUGGUGGCCACCUGGCCUGGGGAGGAUGGGCAGCCGGAAGUGCACUUCGAGGAGCCAGGGGAGGCUGCCCCCGUCAUCGUGGCGGGCAAGGACCUGGGCGAGGUGGACAACGACUACUUCCUGGUGCCGGUGGCGGUGAGGGACCACGAGGGGCCGCUGGAGACCAAGUUCCCGCUGGAAAACAGGCUGCUGCCACAGGGCAUGCCGGAGCUCAAGGCGCACCUGCAGGCGCGGCGCUCCGCCCCCUACUGGGCCCGCAUCGCCGACUUCCACCUCCUGCUCUUCCUGGCGCGGCAGCCCAACCUGGAGGAGCCAGAGGUGGGACUGCUGGUGGAUGCGGUGCGCGACAAGGCGCCCGUGCCAGAAGGGUUCCAAAUCAUCAUCGACUCCAUGGCGGGCCUCUAG